AUUUGAAAAAGAGAGACCCACACACACAACCCUCAAAGAAGAAUUCCAGAGGAAGAAGACGAAGAAGUUGAUCGGAAAAUAUGAAGCUUGUUUGGUCGCCGGAAAUUGCAGCAAAAGCUUUUAUGGACACCGUUAAAUCCUGUGAACUUUUCCAAGGAUCAAGUGUGGCGGAGCUAAUAUCGGCCAUGGCCGCCGGUUGGAACGCGAAGCUAAUCGUCGAAACGUGGACUCGCGGCGGUGUGACAACAACGAGCAUUGGACUGGCGGUAGCAAGUUCUCACACCUCCGGCAGACACGUUUGCAUAGUUCCCGACGAGGAAACCAGAUCGGAGUACACCGCCGCCAUGGAGAAAGCCGGAAUGUCACCGGAGGUAAUCGUUGGCGAGCCGGAGGAGGCGGUUAAGGGGAUGUUGAUAGAUUUCUUGGUGGUGGAUUCCCGAAAAAAUAACUUCGCUCGGAUCAUAAAGGAGGCGAAAUUCGGCCACCGUGGGGCGGUGCUGGUUUGCAAGAACGCUAGCCUGAAGGUGGCGUCGGAUUUCCGGUUGCGUAGCUUGUUUGACGGUGGUUCACGGCGGAUUGUGAGGUCCGUUUUUUUGCCGGUGGGGAAAGGGUUAGAUAUUGCUCACGUGGCGGCUGGUGAAAACGGGUCGGGUUCGGAUAAAGUGAAGAAGAGCAGGUGGAUCAGGCGAGUGGAUAGGCAAUCAGGCGAAGAGUAUGUCAUCCGGCAGUAGGAUUAUUUUCUUCAUAAAUUUUGCUACAAAAAUGAAAAAAAUAAAACAAACAAACUCUCUUUAUUCAUUUCAUUUUCUACUUUUUUUAUUAUUAUUAACGGUGGUGGUUUAGAUCAGCUUGCAUUUAGAUUAAUCCCAAAGAUCUUGUAGAACAGGCAGUAAAAUUCCAAUGGUCUUACUUACAGGUUCGGAUCAAUGACCUCUAAAAAAAUCCUUACAAAAUCUUAUUGCCA